CUUGUGGCAAGAGCAAAGCUACCAGACAUUACUAGUAGUAGUCGUGCAUUACGGGGAAUGGCAAGCAGCGUCCAUGGCAGCAACAAGGACUUGCAUGUUGUCCAAGUCGUGAGCCGGCGCCUCGUGGUGGCCUCCGACGCCUCCAUUGAGCCUCACGUCCUCUCCGUCUCCAACCUCGAUCUCCUCCCGCAAACCAUGCAGGUCGCCAUGUUCUGCAUCUACCCCAAACCGCCGGCCGCUGAUUUCGCCGUUGUCGUCGCGGCCUUCGAGGCCGGCUUACCUUCCCUGCUGAACCACUUCUUCCCGCUCGCCGGGCGCAUCGCAACCAGCCCGAGCUCCGGCCUCCCCGAGGUGCGCUGCUGCAACCAGGGCGCGGAGCUCGUCGUCGGGGCGGCCGGCGUCGCGCUGGCGGCCCUGGACUACGCCGACAUGAGCGCAUCCUUGGGGAGGAUCCAGCUGCCGUACCCCGCCGAUGUGGCGCUGUCCGUCCAGGUGGUCUCGUUCGCGUGCGGCGGCUUCACCGUGGCGUGGUCCACAAACCACCUCCUCGUCGACGGGUGCGCGCUGAGCUCCCUCGUAAGCGCGUGGUCCGAGCUCGCCCUGUCGGGGGCGCUCUCGAGGGGAACCCGGCCGAACCACCACCGCGCGGUGUUCCGCCCCCGCGCGGCGCCAUCCUACGGCGCCGCUCUCGACGAGGCGUUCACACCGGUGCGCGCCGACCGGCAGGUCAACGUCCUGACAUGGGAACAAAACGCCGUCGGGCGCCUGUACUACAUCGAGGCGUCCGACGUCGAACGGUUGCGGGAGGCGGCGAGCCGGAACGGCCGGCGCGCGACUCGCGUCCAGGCGGUCUCCGCCUACCUGUGGAAGACCCUCGCCAGCGUCGUGGGCACGGCGGAUCCUCACUGCCGGAUGGGAUGGUGGGUGGACGGGCGCCAACGGUUCACAUCGCCGGAGCUCCGCGCCGCGAUGCGCAACUACGUCGGCAACGUCACCACCUUCGUGGUCCGAGAGGAGCGCGUGGAGGAGGUUGUCCGUGCGCCGCUGUCGGACGUGGCGGCCAUGGUGCGCGAGGCGAUCGCGGCGCCGGCGUACAACGAGCACUUCCAGGAGCUGGUGGACUGGGUGGAGGAGCACAAGGCCGAGCGGUACGUCGAGACUGCAGGCAUCGGGCUGGGCAGCCCGACGAUGACGGUGUCGUCGUUCGCCUCGUUCCGGACCGACACGGACUUCGGCUUCGGCCCCGCCGCAAUGGCGAUACCGACGGGCGCGUCGGCGACGAGGUUGUGCGCAGGGUUCAUGGAGAUCGCGGCACGACCCGGGGGUGAUGGCUCGUUGAUAGCCACCGCCUUCCUGUGGCCACGGCUAGCGGCGGCGCUUGAGUCCGACAAGCCGCGCGUCUUCAGGCCUGUCACGGCAGAAUACCUUGGCCUGUCUGCUCCACAACCACAAGUCCGGCUCAGUCGCCUCUGAACUCUGAUACAGAGUCCUUGUGUGAAUUAGUGUCAUGAACCCUACCAUUUAUAUCGCACUUUUGCUGCAAUCGUCAUCGCAAUAACAAUAAUGUAUCCUUGUGUGGAUUGUCAACCA